AUGGGAUCGACUAGACGACAUGACUUCCAGCCUCAGUCUACCCAGCAUGUAGACUCCGGCGCUCACGAGGGCAAUUACUCUACUCGGCCCUUCUCCGCUCUUCUAGGUUCCUCGGAUACCGCCAGGCACAACCCGUCACCAAAAGACGAUGACAGUGAUAGCAUUGACACUGUCAUCUACGAUGGCCAUUCCAUCGAGAGUCGUACUCUCUUGCCGGCUCCCGACCUCUCACCCCCCGACAGACCCCCCAGUGCUAACUCCGACACUCACACCGACACGGACUCCGAACUCGCCAGCGAAAAGCCGGUGACAUGGCGUUCGUUGCCUAAGAAAGGUCAACUCGCCAUCCUGACCUUUACCCGUCUAUCGGAGCCGCUCACCCAGACCUCCCUGCAGGCGUACAUGUUCUAUCAGUUGAAAUCCUACGAUCCCUCGUUGCCGGAUUCUACCAUCUCCGCCCAGGCGGGUAUCCUGCAGGGUAGCUUUACCGCGGCGCAGUUCCUGACGGCUGUGUGGUGGGGUCGGCUAGCUGAUGCGGAGUGGAUGGGUCGGAAGAGGGUGCUUCUGAUCGGCUUGUUGGGGACAUGUCUUUCGUGCAUAGGGUUUGGGUUCUCGAGAUCCUUUGUCGUUGCUGCAGUGUUCCGGAUCAUGGGGGGUGUCUUGAAUAGUAAUGUCGGGGUGAUGAGGACGAUGAUUGCGGAGAUCAUUCAAGAGAAGAAGUAUCAAUCUCGGGCCUUCCUGCUGUUGCCGAUGUGUUUCAACGUUGGUGUGAUUAUCGGUCCUAUCUUUGGCGGUAUGCUGGCGGAUCCACUGAAGAGUUAUCCCCAUCUAUUUGGCCCUGGCACUGUGCUUGGUGGGAAAGAUGGAGUGUGGUGGAUGGAACGGUGGCCGUUUGCUUUGCCUAAUGUGCUCAGUGCGAUUUUCAUUUUUGUUUCGAUGAUUGCUGUUUUUCUUGGACUGGAUGAGACGCAUGAGUUUGCGCGUCAUCGAAGCGACUGGGGUCGAAAGCUAGGUCGCACGUUGGCGAAAUCGAUGUCUCGACGGAGGCCGGGUCGGUAUUAUCGUCCACUGGUCAACCAUGCCGAUGAUGAGUCACUAUACGUCGAUGGAAGCGUGGCCGGCACAUCGGCACCUUCCAGCCCAGUUCGAGCUCGUAGCCGGCCUCGUCAGAAACGCCCGGGAUUCCGUCAGAUCUGGACGCCCAAUGUGCUACUUACAUUGCUGGCCCAUUUUCUGCUUGCGUUCCACACCAGUGCUUUCAACUCGAUGACCUUUACCUUUUUGCCGACUCCACGUGCUCCGGAAAAGACCUGGGAAUGUUUCCAUUUCGGCGGUGGCUUAGGAUUGCCCUCGUCCCGAGUUGGUCUCGCAACCGCCAUCAUCGGGGUCAUUGGUCUUCCGCUGCAGAUUUUCGUAUACCCUCAGAUUCAGUCCCGGCUGGGGACCCUUACCUCCUUCCGCACUUUCUUGCCGUUCUCGCCAGUGGCGUAUGCGCUGAUGCCGUUCUUGGUGCUGAUUCCGCGAUACCCAUGGUUGGUGUGGCCGUCCUUCACGAUAGUGGUUGGAUUGCAGGUCAUUUCGCGCACCUUUGCCCUGCCUGCCGCGAUCAUUCUCGUGAACAACAGCGUCACAGAUCCUACGGUUCUCGGCACCGUUCAUGGUGUUGCCCAGAGUAUAUCGAGCGGUGCUCGUACCCUCGGACCAAUGAUUGGCGGCUGGGGUCUGGGGCUCGGGCUCAAGCACAACCUGGUCGGUGGCAUCUGGUGGGCUCUCGCCUUUGAAGCUUUGGUCGGAUGGAUGCUACUUUGGUCGAUCUACGAGGGGAAAGGGAUUGAGAAGAAGGUGGAGCGGACGGAGGAGUCGGAGGAGUCGGAGGAUACUCGGUGA